AACGGACCAAUGAGGACGAGGGAAGCCGCAGAGUGACAUCAGAUCGGGCCAAUGGGAUCGCUGGGGAAACCACUGUUUAUACCUGCCCCCCCGCCUUCUCCCCGUACAAGGCGACUGUUUUGCCCCCUGCCGUGGACAUCAUGGUGUGGGAGGUGGUGACCCCGGCCGUGCAGCCCGGUGACCCCAAAGCCUGCCAGGUCCGGGAGCCCGAGCUCCGGCCUGAACGCGCAGUGAUGAUGAAUGUCGACGGCGACAUGACUUCACAUGACCUUCUCCGCUGUGACGAGCACUUCUCCCCCUCACCUGGCGGCCCCGUCAGUGACAGCUACAUGGAAUAUGACGACCUGCCAGAUUUACAGGAGGUUCGGGAGGAGGCGGAGCCCACGGCGGCAGCGCUGGUUUACCAGGUCGAGGUGGGUGUGUCCCACCAGGAGGAGCGCGCGCACGCGGCGAUGCACUGCCCGCGGCCUCCCGACACGCACCGGCUGACACAGCUGGCUCACAUCGCCACAGGGCCCCAGAGCCCCCUGCUGCAGGCGUCUCCUCACCGCAGCUCCUCCCUCGUCUGCAUCUCCAGCAUCAGUGCUGAUCUACAUUCCUAUGCCCGGCCUCCUCCUCCUCGUCUCCCCAGCAGCUCACUGUCGCCCUCCAGAGGUCAUGGCAGGGAGCGCCGACACAGCAGGACGAGCAGUGAAUGCGGCUCUGUGGUGUCGACCAGAUCCUCUCUGUCUGACGACGAAGACAUGGGCUGGAGCUCCUCAUGGCCAGCCACCGCCUGGCACUGUUUUCUCAAAGGCACUCGUCUGCAUUUCCAUGGCGGCAGCGAUGUGCAGUGGCAGGAAGCUGAGGAGUUGGACUCUGCCGAGGAAGACUCCUGUGACGAGGAGCGGUCCGGAUCUCUGAAGAGUUACGGCUCGGAGGGUCUGCAGCUCUUGGAGCACUCCGAGACCGUGCUGUCGGGUCAGGCCGUCCUACAUCUGACUUUUGACCCCGGCGCAUUUGGAAACGCCCCCAUGAUCGCCAGGUGCCAACUGGACCACCCCUUCUAUGUGAAGAGCAAAGGGUGGUCGUCCUUCUACCCGAGUUUGACCGUGGUGCAUUAUGGGAUACCGUGCUAUGAAAUGGCGGUAGGAGACGUUUGCCUGCCUCCGGGACACAGGGACGCCAAACACACGGAUGACUCGCUGGUCUUUGACGCCUUUAGGAGUUACGACUUCACUCCCCUUGACUCCUCUGCGGUCUAUGUGUUGAGCAGUAUGGCCAGGCGGCGACGCGCCUCCCAGUCCAGCGGAGGAGCCGUUUCUCCGGACAGAGACACGCCACAAGGUCAAGAUGCCGACAGUCGCACACACUCCCGCUCCCCUCAUCAAAAGCCAAACAAGAGCCCGUCCGCCAGUGCACAGGGAGGGAGCAACGACACGGCCGUCAGGUGCAAGCGGCCGAUGAACGCCUUCAUGCUGUUCGCCAAGAAGUUCCGGGUGGAGUACACGCAGAUGUUCCCAGGCAAAGACAACAGAGCAAUCAGCGUCCUGCUUGGCGAGCGCUGGAAGAAAAUGCGAAGUGAGGAGCGGCGUACUUUCACCGUACAGGCCAAGGCCCUCGCAGACGAACAGAAGAGACUCAACCCAGACUGCUGGAAACGCAAACGAAGCAACUCUGGUUGUCAGGGAAAUUAAGGCUGCAGAGAUGAAAAGAGGACACACACAAAUAUUACACAGUGACGAAGAAAAGAAAACUAUGCGUGACCUAAUACUUUGCUUCAAUAUUAUAUUCUAUUAACAAAAGACUUGCCUUGAUCUCCCAAAGUGAGGAUUCAGCUAAGUCUUUUUUAAACCUCGUCACGGUCACGAGCUGCAGUGUCUCGAAAACAAAAAGUCACUUCCCUCUCACUCACUUUUAAAAAGAUUAAAUCAUUAUAUAGCCUUAAUAAUUGUGAUUAAUUAUGAGAAGGUUUCACUGUGGUGUCUCCCUCUAGAAAGGACAAAUUUUCCAAACUAUUUUUCCGACGCGGAUCAUCGGGGCUCCAGCCACGACUGGAAACGCCACAGAUCAUUUACCAGCAAUUUGACAGUAAAUUUUUUUAUAAAUAAUAAUAAUAAUAAACAGAGUCUGAUCCUUUUCAGUCUCUCGUAUGCGUGGAACAGGUGGAAUCUGUGGUGCUGUAAGCCUUGUAGCUGAAUGUAGCUAUUUUCCCCUAAAUAAAUAUUUUAUAUACAAAGCAUUUACUUGCCUGUAUCACAUUUUGCGCUCAGUGUAUUUUACUUAGACUUUUUUCAACCUUUUGCUUUUGUGUAAUUUUCCACAUGGCAGAUUUAGCGGUGAAAACAAACACACAGGCUUUUAUUUUGAAAGAAAUGCUGGUUAUGAUCAAUUUAUUGCGUGAGACACUGUGGUUCAGGUGCCAACAGCAGCAUUUCCCCUGUUUGUACUCAGCCUUUAUUUUUUGCAGAGUUUAUUUUUUGCGGGAUCUGCAAUAAUUAGUAUUGUCAUAAAGUUCACAUGACAGUGAAUUUGAGAAUAUAUGGCUGUGACUUUGAUCCGUCAGUCGUCAUCGACACUGCCGAGGCGUCCAAUGAGCGAGAGCAACGUGUUUCUGUUUUUAAUUCUGACACCUCAGUGUGGCAUAAUAACUUCUUUUCUUUUUUUUGUGUGAGGUCAAAGUAUUUAUCUGUGAUAUAAUCAAAGAAACAUUAAUACAGACGAGGGUUUGUGUCAUUUAAAGUUUUUUUUUUAAGUUUUUGUUUUGUUCUGUUGGACAAUUCUUCCCAAGCUGAUGUGUUCACACUGAUCGAACACAUGAAAAGUGGUUAUCGAAAAUCAGUGUUUUUUGUUUUUUAAUCAGGAUGUUUGUUUCUUUUUUUCUGGGGGGGGGGGGGGGGCCCAGAAAUGCUACAAAUAGUUUUAUCUCUUCUCUUUUACAAGUGUUUACAUUCAUGGAAUCAGCAUUUCAUUUUCUUAAAUCGCUCUCGGUAGCAUUUUUUGUGUAAAAGAUGAGGCGGACGUGAUGAUUUCAGAACCCUGGGUAGUUUAGGUUUUGAGUAAAAAAAAAGGAAAAAAAAAACACCAAAAAGCUGUUGCACAUAUAAAGGGCUGAAAUAAAAAUAUAAACCGCCAAAGGAGCCUGUUCAAAUAUGCAAAUUUUAUAUAAUGAGACAGCCCUGGGCCCUUGAAGAUUUAUUGGGGGAUACUGGAUAUUAUGGUUCGACCACAGCCCCCGCAGGCGCACGGCAGAUUUCGCACCACCCGCUGUGUUCGAAUAUCCCUCAGAGACAAAGAUCCGGCUGAAGGCGUCAUCUGAUAGAUAAAAGAUUAUGCCUGAAAAGCAAGACCCACCUGAUAAAAAAAAUUAGCCUCGUUAAAGUGAUAAUUCCUCAGAUACCGAGGCUUCACAAACACGGAGUGAUUGGAUGAAAGUACAAUGAAGUUUUUGCAUUUCGAUGUUUGAAAAGGUGACUUUUUAAACGGAAAUUUGCAAUAAAUAAAUAAAUAAAUAAAUAUUUUUCCAGGACGGGCACUCUCUCUCCCGGCGUAACGAGGUUCAUUCUUAAUGCACUAUAUACACUUUAUCUUAUGUGACUGCUACAGUAUCAUGUGUCAUGACAAAUAUUAAUAUGACUAUAUAUAUAUAUAUAUAUAUAUAUUUUUUGGUUCCGGCGUAAUCUUCAGUUACCCUUUCGUGGUUGUGCAUUGAUUAUUUGAUAUUUUGUUGUAUGUCUUUGCUAUCAUGCCAUGUAGAGGUCCAUCAGGGGAGACGAUGCAAUACAGUGUAUCAUAGUAUGAAUAAAAGCAUGAGAAAACCAUAA